UCUCAGCCACCAACUCUCUUCUCUUUUUGCCUGAAGGCAGAGGCACAGCACCGCUAGCACCAAACCUCUGGGGACAAUGCGAUGAGCCAGAGAGAGACUGCAAUGCCACAGCUUUCCAACACAUGUUCUGUAAUGCACACGGAUGCAUGUGUUUCCUGGCAGACAGGACCAGAAUAAAUUUAUCCAUGACUAAUACACAAAUGAAGAGCACUCUUUUUCUGAGUAACAGAGCCAUAUGCAAGUUGGGAGAGCAGGAAAGGAUUUCACACCCGCUGUAGAGGAAAAAAAAUGAGGACCUGAGCCAUCGAGCCUGAGCUGGAUACAAAAGCGGGAGCAAUGUGUCCAGUAGGAGGAGAAAAAAGAUUACAUUGUAUAUAACCCAAAGGACCAUCAAGGUGUGAGAACUGUAAUUUACCACAUUCAACAAUGAUGAGUGACAUAAAGAGAGAGAACUGACCAAAAGUGAAACAGACAUACAGACUCACUGGAGAUGCAACAUGAGAGCUGGCUCACACCUCAGAGCUGGCUAGUUACACAACUUCUGAUUUGCAAUGACACAUAUGGAAGUGCAACAUCAACACUGGGUAUAAACCCCUCAGGACACCCACCAUACGCAUCGCAUUGUCUCCAGGGAUCAAGGAUUGGUCGGAAGCUGCUGACGCCUGCCCUGACGAGUGUGACCGCUGUCUCAGUGAAUCAGUAGUGCCAUACAGCCUCAAGACAUGCAGUGGAGGCGGCGCCACUGCUGUACACAUAUUGCAGGACUCCUAUAUCUCCUCUCUCUGCUGGGGGUCCUGGUCUUUCUGGUACAUCAAGAGUGGCUGCCUGGGCUUACAGGUAUGCCAUGGCGAAGAGGGCAUCCUGUGGUUUACGGGGGCGGUGGGCUACAUUCCACCAAAGCCAAAGGAAACCUGAGCUCCCAGCAUUCCCUAUGGAGGUUUGUGAUUGUUCCUCAGCCGUCGUUAAAGACAGACACCAACAUCAGCUUCUACCAGGAGGAUAAUGACUCCUUUCCUCAGGAGGAGACGGGUCUCGAGAACUCUCUGGCAGCCAACACAACCCAAAAUGAAGAGGGAGGCCUUAAUAGCAAGCUAACCCAAGGCCCUUACCCUUAUAUCAUUAAUGAGCCAGACAAAUGUGCAGAGGGCAAACCAGCACCAUUUCUGGUGCUGCUGAUAGCCACUGAGGCUCGGCAAGUGGAGGCCAGGAAUGCCAUUCGACAGACAUGGGGGAAUGAGAGUGUUGCUCCAGGCCUAGGAUUCAUCCGACUGUUCCUGCUCGGGACGAAUGAAGGGGAGCUGGGACACUUACAGCAAAGGAUGCUGGAAGCUGAGAGCAGGAGGCAUCAUGAUAUCAUUCAGCAGGACUUUCUGGAUGCCUACAAAAACCUGACCAUAAAGACUUUGAUGGGGAUGAACUGGGUGGCAAUACACUGCCAACAAGCUAGCUAUGUCAUGAAGACAGACAGUGACAUGUUUGUCAACACAGAGUACCUCAUCUAUAAGCUGCUUAGGCCAGAACUAAAGGCCAAGAAGAACUUCUUCACAGGCAAUAACAUGAGAGGCUUUGCGCCCAACCGAAAUAAAAACAGCAAGUGGUAUAUGUCCCCUGAGCUGUACCCAAGUGAGAAGUACCCCACCUUCUGCUCCGGAACAGGUUAUGUGUUCUCUGGGGACUUGGCGUGGAAAAUCUACAGAGCCUCUUUAAGCAUCAGGCGUCUGCAUUUGGAGGAUGUGUACGUUGGCAUUUGUCUUGCCAAGCUGCGGAUUGAGCCCACACCACCACCCAAUGAGUUCCUGUUCAAUCACUGGCGGGUGUCAUACUCCAGCUGCAAGUACAGCCAUCUAAUAACAUCACAUGGGUUUCAUCCCAGUGAACUACUUAAAUAUUGGCAUCACCUUCAAAUCAACAAGCACAAUGCCUGCAUCAACUCAUUUAAGGAUAAGAUGGGCUGGCUACACACAAACAGAAUGAAUGGAGAGAAACCUGUUUGAUGACUCUGAAGUUUAAAUUAAAACAUUAAGACACUUAAGACAUUCCAUCCAACUCAAAAUUUAGAUUAUGUUUUUGAAUGAUAUUCCUAUACCUGUUUCUCUGAAGUUGACACACACAGACUGGUACACAUUUUAUCCACAUGGAAAUUCAAAACAAACAUGAACUUUGCAAGUC